UUGGGGAGAUUUCCUUUUAAUUCCUGUCUCAGAGAUGCAACAAGAAGUGAGGCAAUUUCUACAUAGAUGAAGGAAUUCCCCUCUUAAAAGAAUUAUUGCUCCACUAUUCCUGUUCUGGUGACUACUAUAAAAAUUGGAAUUUACCUUCACUUGGUCUCAGUGGCGGACUGACAACUCAUGGGGCCCCUGGGCAAUAGGGAAUCAUGGGGCCCCUGUGUCCUUGACAAACUCAAAAAAGCCUAUGAAAAAGGUACCAGGGGCAUCUCAUGGGGCCCCCUACUGACCCCGGGCCCUCGGGCAGUGCCCGAGUUUCCAAAUGGUCAUUCCACCCCUGCUAUC